AUGACAAGAGCAAAUAGCAGUGAAAUCAGUGAGUUCUAUCUUCUGGGAUUUGGUGUCCCAAAUGAGAUUCAGUACGUCCUCUUCAUUGUAUUCCUUGUAAUCUACCUGACGUCCAUGGUGGGUAAUGCUGGAAUGAUCCUACUCAUCAACACAGACGCCAGACUUCAAACACCCAUGUACUUUUUCUUACAGCAUUUGGCUUUUGUUGACAUCUGUUACACAUCUGCCAUCACUCCCAAGAUGCUGCAAAAUUUUCUGGUAGAAGACAAAUCCAUAUCGUUUGAAGAAUGUGCCGUGCAAUUAUUUAUCUAUGUCGUGUUUGCCACCACUGACUGUUACAUCUUGGCAGCAAUGGCGGUGGACCGCUAUGUGGCCAUCUGUAAACCACUUCGCUACCCUAUCAUCAUGUCUCGAAAAAUCUGCCUCCAAUUGGCAGCUGGAUCGUAUCUCAUGGGAUCUAUAAACUCCUGUGUCCACACAAGUUUUACAUUUUCCUUGUCCUUCUGUAAAUCCAACCGUAUUAAUCACUUCUACUGUGAUUUUAUCCCAAUGAUCACUCUUUCUUGCUCCAGCAUUGACAUGAACAUCCUGCUGACAUUUAUCUUUGUGGGAUUUAACCUGAUGUUUACUGUGUCUGUCGUGAUUGUCUCCUAUACGUACAUCAUGGCCACCAUCCUAAAGAUGUCUACUGCCGGAAGGAAGAAAACUUUCUCCACCUGUGCCUCCCACCUAACAGCAGUGACCAUUUUCUAUGCAACUCUCUCUUACAUGUACUUAGAGCCCCAUUCCGAUAAUUCUGAGGAGAAUACAAAAAUAGUCUCUGUGUUUUAUGGCAUUGUAAUUCCCAUGUUGAACCCUCUCAUCUAUAGUUUGAGAAACAAGGAGGUGAAAGAUGUUAUCAAAGUGGCAGGAAGAAAGAUCUUUAGAUUCAAUACACACUCAUAA